CCUCUGCAGCCGUCCACACAGCUGAGUUAUUCACUGUGGAUUGAUUCUAGCUCGCAUUUUGACUUUUGCAAAGUGCAGCGUAAACCAACAUUUUUAUGAAAGUCAUACUGGAGAGCAACAUGACUCUCCUUCGCUCGUGUUUGCUGAUUAUGAUAGUAAUGAUCCAUUGCAAGUCAAUACAAGCUGAAACUGACUGUUUUGGUCGAAGGACUUACGGGUUCGAGAGGGAAAGUACCGACUGCCAUUUGUUCUACAGGACCAUCUUGUGUCCAGAAUAUCCAUGGCUGGGUCAGUCUAAGAAACAGCUACGUCUUCCCUACAGAUGUAACUACGACUUCGUCUUCAACGUGGUCAGCGGCCGUAGGGGGUAUUGUGUUCCUCGAGGAGAGGAAUCAGACCCGUGCUGAGGUAAACACUUGAGGUCAGUGUGCGAAAUAGCCACUGGCCCGCAAGACCGUGGCUAGUAAAUAUCCAGUCGGGCCAGUAAACCUCCAGUCACUGGCCCGACUAGCUAGUGAAUUUUCAUGGGGUCAUUUUGUAAAUAGAUCACUCUCACCGACUUGUUAGGUUAUAAUACACUUUUAAAUCACGUACGAUUAUGGCCUGAUAAAAGAUUUC